CUGUCUGCUACCUAAUCUGCGGAGCAGGAGAUGGCCGUGGACCCAGUCUCCAGGCAGCCUGCAGGGAGCAUACCACUUCAAUUUCAUGUCGCAGCCAGGUAUCCCGGGAGGUUUUAGAACAUAUCCUCUAUGGGACAUACGUACUUACUACUGUACAAAAACAGACAAUGCUGAUGCAAAAUGGAGUGAAGUAUGGGCUUGUGUCCUCAGCUCUGCAGCUUGGAUGUGAUGGCUGCCACAGCUCUGUCCUGGUGUCUGUCCCUUUACAUCCUCCUCCUGCCCUUGGCUACACCUUGGGUGUCUGCAUCAGUUAACGACUGUCCCCAUCUCAAGUGCUUCUACAAUUCUAGAGCCAAUGUCUCCUGCAUGUGGAGCCCAGAAGAGGCCAUUCAGGGUACGUCCUGCAUCAUCCGUGCCAAGUCAGACAAUCGGAAGUGGAACAAAACCUGUAAUCUAUAUCUCGUGAGGCAGGCAUCCUGGGCUUGCGAUCUGAUCCUUGGGGAACCAGAUUCUCAGUCCCUGACCUCUGCAGACCUCCUCAACAUGAGCAUGAUGUGCCAGGAAGGGAAGGACUGGCACAGGGUGAAGACCUGUAACUUCCAUCCCUUUCAGAACCUUCGCCUGAUGGCCCCUCAUUCACUCCAAGUCCUCCACAUUGAAACCCAGAGAUGCAACAUAAGCUGGGAGGUUUCUCAGGUCUCUCACUACAUUGAUAGCGAAUUGGAAUUUGAGGUCCGCAAACGUUCCCUGGGCCAUAGCUGGAAGGAUGCACCCCUGCUAAACCUCAAGCAGCGACAGCAAUGGAUCCACCUGGAGAUGCUUACUCCUGACACCUCAUAUGAGCUCCAGGUUCGGGUCUUGGCCCAACGAGGUAAUGACAGUACUUGGAGCCCCUGGAGCCAGCCCCUGACCUUUCGGACAAGGUCAACAGGUCUACCCCUAGUGUGGCUUAGACACCUUCUCCUAAGCCUCGGUUGUGUUUUUGGCUUCUUGAUCUGUGUCUACGUUUUGGUCAAGUGCCAGUACCUUGGCCCAUGGCUGAAGACAGCUCUCAAGUGCCACAUCCCAGACCCUUCUGAGUUCUUCUCCAAGCUGAGCUCCCAGCACGGAGGGGACCUUCAGAAAUGGCUCUCCUCGCCCUUCCCCUCAUCCUCCUUCAGCCCCACCGGCCCUGCACCUGAGAUCUCUCCCCUGGAGGUGCUGGUCCGAGACACCAAAGCCAUGCAGCUGCUUCUGCUACAGCAGGACACAGCCCCCUCCCCCUCGCCCAGCGGUCACUCGCAGGCCAGCUGCUUCACCAACCAAGGCUAUUUCUUCUUCCAUCUGCCCAACGCCUUAGAGAUUGAGCCCUGCCAGGUAUACUUCACUUAUGACCCCUGCAUUGAAGAAGAUGUGGAGGAGGAUGGGCCAGGGCCACCCCAGCGAUCUUCUCCCACAUCUCUGUUCCCUCUGGCUGGGGAAGAGGAUGAGUACUGUGAAUUCCCACCCAGGGAUGACCUGCUGGUCUUCUCACCCAGCCUGAGCUCCCCCAACACUGCCUUUGGGGGAGUUGUAGCCCCUGAAGAAAAGCCUCGCCUCUGCACUCAGGAGGAACAUCCCCCCCUACCAUCCCCUGACCUGAUGGGCUUGCAGUGCCCUCUGGAGCUGGUGCUGAGAGGUGAUGGAGAGAGGCUGUCUGCUCAUAGCUCAGGGGAGCAGGUCGAAGAUAGCCCUUGUGGGCAAGGUCAGGACAGGGCCCUGGCCUCUGUCCUGCCUCUCAACACGGAUGCCUAUCUGUCUCUACAAGAACUACAGGCCCGAGAUCCAGCCCACCUGUUGUAGACAGGUGGUCAGGAUUGGGAGCCAGCUGCCUAGGUCAGGUCAGGCUUGAGGGGGACCAAUUGAGGACAGUCCCUGGUCAUCUGUACCCUGACACUUAGCCAUCCACUUCUGAGCUUCACUUGCUGUUCCCUGGUCAGGCCAGGAUCUGGGGUGGGGAGGAGUAGUCAGCCCCAUCACCCUGUUUAGCCAUGAGGUCAAUAGUUUCCUGGACCUGCCUUACUCCCUACUGCUCACUAUUUACAGGGCAGCCGGUACCUCCUUCCCCAAGUACCAAAGUGCCCAUGAUGCUCUUCUACCACAGAGCUUGCUGUGGCUCCGUACAGCCCUCUGUACCAUUUCCUGUCCCAACUUUAGUCCCACAAGCACUGCUGAGGGACCGCUGUCCUCAGAGUGAUGUGGCUGCUAAUGUCUUAAUCAGAGCAGCUGUGUCUACCCAAACUGAGAGAUCCUGAUAAGACUAAAUGCAGCCUGUUGACUGUUGACAUUCCCCCAUAGAAGGAGAGGAUGGGAAGGGUCAUCAGACUUUCACCAGAGAUUGCAGUUACUCUCCUGCACACAUUCCCAGCUAUGUGUAAUUCUGCACCCAGUGCGUGUGUUCCUGGAAGAUGCUGGUAUAUGCAGAAAGGGGAGGAUUGAUUGAAGUGAGGGCUCCAUCUGUGUAGCUAUGGGGACACCAUCACCUAUUCUGGGGUGGGGCUUUCUGUGAUACAGCUGUUUUGGAGUCACCUAUACUCCUGUAAAUGAGCCUAGACGACUCAAAGUUUCAUCAAACUGGACUUGAGUGGAUCUGUGCCUUUGAUGCCAUAUAUGGGGAGAAGUAGAUAUCUGUUCACGUAACCCCUCCUCACAAAAGGCUUAUAAAGCAAGUGUCAGAACUGUGCUUUGUAGAGCCCUUACAAGGAUCCCAGGGGGUCUCCUGGAUCCUUGACUAAUGCCUACUCAGGCUCUAUUGGUUGUGCCUUACCUAGACAAUAAACAUCUCUCAUCCUCUCUUGUAAGCCCUGCUUCUAAGGGUGGUGCUGCUUCCUUAAUGCAUCCCAGUGUCUACAGCCCAUACAGGAGAUGAUGGGGACAGCUCCUGACCCAUCUUCCUUCUUUGGAGCUACCUCCUGACUUCACAAUGAUAGGUUUGGUGUGGACACAAAUACUUCAUGCAGCAGUGGCUGCUGGAUGUACCUUCGCCCACCUCACCAAUUCAUGAGGGAACCUACUGGAAUGUGAGCCCAGAGCUCCAGGAGCCCAGGCAGAUAUGACAUGCCUGGGUACCAUCUCACCCACAGAAGAGAGCAUUGAUCUUGACAGGCAGCUCCUCCAUCACAGAGCCUUGGUGUCUGUCACGGUCCCAGGGUUGAUGGCAUCGCAGUGAUGGAUCCCACAUCCUAAGGGAAGCAGAAACUCAGAACUAGCUAAUGGAUGCCCUACACACAGUGCCUGCCUUGUCGUUCCUGCUCACUACUCAUUGGCUGUCUGGACAGACCACAGGCCCACAGGCUGCCAGGCCAGCAGGUAGCCUGGGGAUAGGUCUGUCACAGAGGCUGGUCCUGAUCUAACAAUCAGAUUUUCUCUCAACCAGAUGUCCCAAGAGCAGGUGCUUGGAGCAAGGCCCCUAGGCUUAGCAAGAGGAGAUGAGCCAAUACAGAGGGUAUUCAGGUCCCAUGCAAGAGUUUUCCUGCCUGGCAGGGGUAAAGAAGGCUCCUCCUGCCACACGUGAUGCUGUCUGUGGCCAUCCUCCUUUGACUCAACCAGGACCAGACCUGAAUUAUUCACCCAUACUCUAGAUUGUGUACCCUGGGCAAAUGUAAAACUUUGAAAUUCUCUUGCCUUAGUUCCCAAGCAGAAACUGAACCUAUUUUCACUGUCUGAAGAGGUCUGGGGAGGAUUUGGUUUUCUCUCUUUUAAAGGUAUGUGCCUGCCAUCUUUGUAAUUAUCUCCUGAGAAGUUUUAAAACUGAUUCUUUUUUUUCCUAAAUAUACUUAUUUAAAGAUUUUUAAUCAUAUGGCUUCUGUGGCUGAAAACCCCAAUCUUUCUAUAAAUAAAACACGAUUGUAAAAAGCAGGCACAAUGAAACUAUGUAAUGUGUGGCUCUGAUCUGGGGAUGGAGCCUAGCAGCAGAGCCCUGCCUAGCUGGUUCCAUCCCUGACACUGCAAGAGAGUAAAGUUGGAUAGUGUUCAUUUCA